CAUGCAAUUCCAAUUGGCACCCCUUAUAUAUUAAGAAUAGCAAGCUACUACCAGAAAAACAGAGAAAAGUAAAAAAAAUACAAAAACCAAUCCAAAGAAAUAUUCCACGUCUUCCCUUUUUGCCUCAAAGAAUUGAAAGACUGGUAGAGUAGAACUCACAAGUUGUGAAAAAGAGGAGACAAUUCUUAUACUCAGUAGUUCCCUCCAUUAUUAUAGUCCUCACUGGCCUCAAAAUUGGAAUUUCUUUCGGAUAGAAGAAUUAACAUAUUGAAAAUAUAAAGAAUACAAAGAAUGGGGCGGAUUCCAUGCUGUGAGAAGGACAACGUGAAAAAAGGACAGUGGACACCCGAGGAAGAUAACAAGCUCUCUUCCUACAUUGCUCAACAUGGCACUCGCAACUGGCGUCUCAUUCCCAAGAAUGCUGGCCUCCAGAGAUGUGGAAAGAGCUGCAGACUAAGGUGGACUAAUUACCUUCGUCCUGAUCUCAAACAUGGCCAAUUCUCUGAUUCAGAAGAGCAAACCAUUGUGAAGCUUCAUUCAGUUUUCGGUAACAGAUGGUCACUGAUAGCAGCUCAGCUGCCAGGACGCACUGACAAUGAUGUCAAAAACCACUGGAACACCAAGCUGAAAAAGAAACUGUCAGGUAUGGGUAUAGACCCUGUUACACACAAGCCAUUCUCCCAUCUAAUGGCUGAAAUUGCCACAACAUUGGCACCCCCACAGGCAGCUCACCUAGCUGAAGCGGCUCUUGGCUGCUUCAAAGAUGAGGUUCUCCACCUUCUUACUAAGAAGCCAAUUAACUUCCAGGGCCAACACUCCUCUGCAGCAUUGGGGAAUAACAUCACCGAUUACAUUAACUACAAGCCAGAAAAGGAUGAAACUGCUGAGAAGAUUAAGUUUGACAUAUCAAAGGCCAUACAACAAGAACCUGAAAUGAUACCCUCAAAUAAACCUUGGGACUCCACUGCAGCUACAUCUGCAAGUUUUGCAAUGCCAUACAGUGUUUUCCCUACAAUGCCUGUGUUUCAAUUCUCUCCAGCAUCAUUUGGCAACAAAGGGGAUGCAUCUCCAUGGAGCCAAAGUGUAUGUACUGGAAGCACAUGCACAGCCACCAUGGAUCAGCAAAGCCAGUUACAUGAAAAGGUUGCAGAGGAAAAUGGUGAUUCCGAGGCUACAAAGGAAAUUAGAAAUCUAUCCAAUAUAUUCAAUACAGACUGUGUCGUGUGGGAUUUACCAGCAGAUGAUUUAAUUAACCCCAUUGUAUAAAAAAAUUACAGAAGAGAGGAAAGCU